AUGUUCAGAAACUCCUUUGAUCCCUCGUCCGAUCCCUUGGACCCAGCGGCAAAGGCCACUCCUGUCUCCAAUACAAAUGCCAAUGUAAAUCCAGGAGAAUCAAAGACAGGGGCUAUUGGGAAUUAUCAUAGCCUUCACUCCACAUCCCAUAAUACAAGUGUUGGUAACCCAAGUAUUGGGAAUGGCCAGUUCUUUAGUUCUAAAUACUGUGAAGGCGGCGCCGAUGAAGGUCUACAACAGCCAAUUACCAGUACAAACUUCAAUGCCAAUAGAAGAACGAGUGUUUCGGCGGAAGCACUAAAUCCGAACACCUUCAGUCAGGACAAUUGGAAACCGCCUGUUCACCAGCUAUCUCAUGAUCAGCUAACAAGACUCAAUGCCAGUGUUAUGAAGAACUUUUUGUUCAACCAGUUGGACGAUGAGUCCUUGCGUACAAUUAUCUUUGCCUUGGAGGAGAAGCACUAUCCGGCAAACUACGACAUCAUCAAGCAGGGCGAUGAGGGCGACUUCUUUUAUGUCUUGGAAAAGGGUACAGUCGACUACUCUGUCAAUGGAGAAGUGGUGAACACCUCUAGCGAUGGCUCCUCCUUUGGGGAGUUGGCUUUGAUGUACAAUUCUCCUAGAGCAGCCACAGUGACAACUAGAACCGAAUGCAUAGUUUGGGCAUUGGACAGAAUGACUUUCCGUCGGAUCUUACUUGAUGGCACCUCCAAGAAACGGAAGCUCUAUGAGAACUUUUUAAAAGAAGUCCCCGUUUUACAGUCUCUCUCAAGUUACGAGAGGAGCAAGCUUGCAGACGCUUUAAACACUCGUGUCUUUAAAGUGGGCGAAAACGUGGUCACUCAGGGUGAGCCAGGUGAGAAUUUCUACUUUAUCGAAGACGGUACAGCAGAUGUUAUCAGCAAUGGCAACGUGGUUGCCCAAUUGAAGAAGGGAGACUAUUUUGGAGAGUUGGCCUUACUUUACGACUCACCAAGACAGGCCACAAUUAGAGCUUCGAGUCCAUUGAAGACUGUCAUCCUCAACAAAAAUGGGUUCCAGAGGUUGCUAGGACCGGCAGUUGAGGUAUUGAAGAUGUCCGAUCCAAGGAAAACACACUAA